CGAGUAGAAAAAACGGAAAAAAACAACAACAGAGACAGAGUGGUGCUUACUCCAUUGUCAGUGCUACGAUCAAUGUUCAGUUUUUCAUUUUGAUUCGACGGAGAAGCAACGGAAAUAAAUUCGAGUGUUUAAAAUGGCUGGCGGUGGUGAUCCAAAAUGGCAAAAAGAUGCAGCUGAUCAAAAUUUUGAUUACAUGUUCAAAUUAUUAAUCAUUGGAAAUUCUAGUGUGGGUAAAACGAGUUUUCUAUUUCGUUACGCCGAUGACUCGUUUACAUCAGCAUUUGUGUCAACAGUUGGUAUUGAUUUCAAAGUGAAAACAGUAUUUCGACAUGAUAAACGAGUAAAACUGCAAAUUUGGGAUACCGCUGGUCAAGAGCGAUAUAGAACCAUAACAACUGCUUACUACAGAGGUGCGAUGGGAUUCAUUUUGAUGUAUGAUAUUACAAAUGAAGAGAGUUUUAAUUCCGUACAAGAUUGGGUGACACAAAUAAAAACCUAUUCAUGGGAUAAUGCACAAGUAAUUUUGGUCGGAAACAAGUGUGAUAUGGAAGACGAACGUGUCAUUUCAUUCGAACGUGGUAAACAAUUGGCCGAUCAAUUAGGAGUUGAAUUUUUCGAAACAUCUGCCAAGGAAAAUGUUAAUGUUAAGGCCGUUUUUGAACGUUUAGUAGACAUAAUCUGUGACAAAAUGAGCGAAAGCUUAGAUACAGAUCCCAAUCUAGUAGCUGGUGGGCCAAAAGGGCAACGUCUGACAGAUCCACCUCAAGCUGGCCCGACCAACAAUUGCAACUGUUAAGACAUCAAUUCCCAAACAAUUUGUUCAUUAAAACAGUAGCAACAAUUGUUCAUAGUCAGCAUAUUCAUUUCCAUUUAAGAAACUACCACAUCAACAAACAGAAAAUGGCAAGAUAAACGGACACAACCUGAAGAAACAAACCGAUUCAAACAUAAAAGUAAGAAAUAGAAAAAUUUCAUUAAAAAAACUUCAAAUUCCAAGAUGUCAGCAAGAUAAUGUUGAGCGUCGAGUCAUUCACAGAGAGAUAACCAAAUAAAGUAACUUCAUUAAAUGAAGUUCAUAUUCUGUAUACCACAUACAAAACAAAAGCAGAGACUUAACAACCGACUUAUUUCUUCAACAACAAUCGAUGAGUUAAAAAUAAUGAAUAAAAAAACAAACAGAUGUUUUAACAGUCAUUUGAUCCGACACAAUUGAAUUGUGAAUGUAAUGAAAAUGACUAAAUGGAUUCUUUCUUGUGCAAAAAAAAAAAAACAAACAUAACUAAAAUCCAAACUAUUUUAUAAAUGCUUUAAUUUUGAUAAUGGAGAUAAAAAGACAAACAGUAAUAAUUACAAACAUUUUUAAACAAAAAAAAUGGUCAAACAUUCAGGAAACGUUUUGCACUUUCCCUUCAGGGAAUCGCAAAAUUGUUCGACAUGCAUUAAACACAAUAUUAAUAUGAACAUUAAUACGAAGAUGACGAAAAUGUUACCAAAAACAGCAACAGCAACAUGAUGAAUACAAAUUGUAGUAAAUAAAAACACUACACAUAUCUAUUUUCUUAAAGAAAACCAAUACAACAGCAACAACAAAAUAUGGUCAAUGAUGUUGGUCAUAUGUUUGAGAGUAGGAACACCGAUAAAUCGGUUAGAAGAAGUUGUCAAGUAUGUCGCUGCUUUAAGCGACAAAUAAACUUAAAAAAAGAGCGCAUAAGAAUGAUUUUUAUGUUACUUUCGGUUGCAAAGCUUUCCAAAAAUGUGGUCAGCCACUGCAAAGUUAUGGAAUUCAAAAAAACAGUUUCAACAAAAAAAAAUCGAAAUUUAAAAACAGAAAUUGGUAGAGAAUGCAAGGUUUUAUUCAAUUAAACGAACUCAAGUAUGAAAUCAAAUCCCAAAUUGUUGAUGAUAAAUUUAAAGGAAGAAAAUGCAUCCCUUGAGAAAAAUGAGAUUGAUCGAAAGAAGAUAAAUGCAAUACUGUGAGGCGACUUCGAAAGGAUAUCAUUUCAUUUGCGGUAAUGUUAUAGUAGACAAUAAAACUGAAGAAAAUGAUGUAACAUAGAUUUGGGCGUGCGAAUAAACUACAUACCUUUUCGUGCCAUCAACAAAGGUGUACCAUAGAAUGUAUGCAUUGUGAAAUGCAAUACACAAACAAAUGAGAACAAAUAACACUCAUACGGAUCACAACAAACAUAGAGUUACGAAUUUUUUCGAAUGCAAAAAGAAAAUAGCACAAAGAAACAAAACAGAGAAAAAAACCAAUAGGCAAUGUUGAUAUAGGAUAUUUGAAUUAAAUUAAAAAAAAAAUCGAACCGGAGAAAGUGAGGGAGAGUAGAGUGAAAAGUAAAUGCAUACAUAAACGGGCGUUGAUGAGCAUUAUGUCAACUCAUGUGGAAAAAAUGCAUUGCGCUUGCAGAAUAUGCAAUUUUCAUGAUCCAUACCAGAGUAAUAUUACUUUCACCAUAAAAGAGACCCAUUUACCCAAAUACAAAUCUACCCCAGUCAGAAGCCAGAAUAGAUAGUCUUACCAUAUUGUGCAUUUGAUUUAUAGCAAGAAAAAAGCGAAUAUUUUUUUUGUCUUUGUCCACACAGUUGAGAUUUUUCAAUGUUAUUUUAUUGCUCGUUUGAAGUUAAUCGUACACAAUGUUGAAAAACACCAUUUUAUGAAAUACGAGUGAGAAACAUAUUAUUGCGAUUCGCAAGCACACAUUGAAGCAUUUGUUGUGAGAAUUACAGGAAUAUUACACACAGCAAAAUCGAUUAAUUUGGUGAAUCUCUUGUCCUACCCAAGAAAUAAAAUUACACCUUGCAAAACACAUAUACCGACAGCAAAAAUGCACAUCUAUUUUAGAAACAAGAAAAAUCGAACAAUUUCCAACAGAUUUUUUUUUUUUUCAUUUUUUUUAUUGCUGGAUUGGCCGCAUGAUUUUUUGAAGUAAAACACACAAGCAAAGGAAAAAAGCAUUUUUAAACAAUUGAACAAUUAAGUGUAAAUAACUAAAAUUAUCUAGAUAAUAAUAAAAAAUCAUAUGUACUGAAAAAAGGCGAUAAUCUCGGCAAAUUAAAGGGUUCAGCAAAUAACGUAGAAAAAUAUUCAUCUACUGAUUAAUCGCCAUCAAUUUACAGCGCUCAUGUACCACAACUCUAUAUCAACGGAUUCGAAAUAUGCAUUUAAUGCCAAACCAUUUUUGACAAGUUCAAUAUGGAGAGUAACCCUACAGUAUGUAGGAGUAUGUAAGAAUUUCUUACACGAAAUAUAGUGCGUUUUACUUUGUUUUGUUGUUGUAGUGUUACAAGGAGCGAUUUACAUAUAAUUUAUUCAAUGCGCUGACACGAUAAAUGGCCGGGAUUUUCCGCUAUACACUCACACAUUGAAUAGCGUUAAUUACACUCACAUAAACACUAUGAUUCCUUCUUGUGAAUUUUGAUUUUAUUCUGUUGCAUUUCAUUCUUUUUGACGGUAAUGAUGAUAACAUUGUUGUUGUCAAAUUCUGCCUAAAGACAUACGAAACGAAGAAACUUUUUAUAGAUAUCAAUUUUUGCUGCAGUUUCUUCGGUUGUUUAUUUCUUCGUUGCGUUUAACAUUACACGCCACUAACGAAAGAUUUAAAGAUGUCUUUAAAAUUGAAAAAUGUCCGUUUCUAACAGACCAUGAAUUGCACUGUAUAACGGCUAUUCUCAGCGCAUAUUCUCAUCAGCGGAGUAAAGCAAAAACAACAUAACAGUUAAAUCCGAAUGCAUUGAUAGAUUUGUAGAGUCUUCCUUUGUUUCAAAGUUAUAGUUAGGGUUGUUAUGUUUUGCUUGGACGAUAUAAAACAAAAAAAUAAAUAAAUGAAUUAACGAAGAAGUAAAUAAUUUGUUUGAAAGCAAUCAAAUAGAAAAUGGAGCAAUCAAACAAAUUACUCAAUAAAACACAAUUGUUGAGAUGGUGCGUCUCUCUCAGGUAAAACAAAAAGCAAAGCAUUUGUUAAAUACACAACAAAAACCGAAUAGCAAAGAAUCUAAACGAGUUCAAAAUGUAAUUCUUUUCUUUUUUUUUUACUUAUGAACAUUUCCGCUGUCAAAUUAACCAAUUCACCCUAUUCGCCUCUUUGUUCAAUUGAAAUUCUUUCAUUCACUCUAUUUCUCUACCGCUUAUUCUUCUUUUAUCUUCCUUCAGUUUUUGUUUUCGUCUGUUUUUCAUUGAAAAAUACAAUUUUCAAAAUUGAAUCGAAAUCAUUUGAUUGGCGUCUUCAUUUGAACUGCACGCAUUUCUCUAACUAAAUCUAUGAAAACCUUAUCUUAUUGGGAUGAAAUUACAAAACAAACAAAAAAAAUGUCCAGCUAAAAAAAUGUAAUAGACAGCAAAAACUCUGCACCAAAAUCCGUUAUCAUGGAAUCACUCAUGAUUUCCAGUGAAAACAAUUUUAUUUUAGUUGCACCAAGACUAAAAAGUAUAUGUAUAGAUUUGUUGUUAUAAAAAAAUCGUUAAAGUAUAUUUAGCAAAAUGAUGAAUAAAAUGGAAUGCAAAGUGAAAAAGAAUUUUAAGAGAAAACCAAAUAAACAUUGAGAGGAGUAUAAAUGUAAUCGAAUUUGAUGAUCAGCCAAUUGGGGUUGAGCUAUAAAACUGUCGUUUAUCCAAUUCAUUUGUGAAAAAUGUUGAAGUACACCGCCAUGAUAUGGAAAUUCCACUUUUGAUCCAAUUGCUUUUUCUUUUUAAACGGCCAUCAUUUGGUGGCAUUGAUGAUUUUAUUCAUUAUCAUAUAUCAUUUGGCACAAGCUUUCCUUGCACAUUUCCUUUUCAAAUUAGAUAAACUGCUUUUAUGGUAGAUUUUUUCUGAUAUACUCUUUUGGAUCUCAUUAACAAUGACCAAACAUCUUGAUAUCGAUCAAUCAACUCACUAUCUUUCUCACAUAUAAACAAAAUAUCCCUCCUUCUCUAUCUGACUCGAAUUCAUAUCUCCAAGUAUACAUCUGGAUAUGAUGGAGAUGGUGAUUCGAAAUUCCCCUUCACCAAACAAAAUAGCCCAUCAAUAUUUACUCACUAUUCUAUCAAUCUACAACAACUUACUUAGUGACUAUAUAUCAUUUAAUCGAAUCUAUUUUUAUCGACGAAGGAAAAUCAAUAACAACAUCCAUUAUAUACGAAGAAAACAAAAUAAUAAAAUUUCCUAAAGAAACCAAACAAAACACAAUAAAAGUACAUCUUUCACAAUUCAAUAUUAUACAUUAAACAUUAUCCUCCCCCAAUUAAUCACAAAGAAAAAAAAACAACAAACACUAUUUGUAAAACAAGAAUGAAUUGUCCCAUUCAACGAAUUACCAUUUAGAAAACUAAUGACAAGAAUGAUAAUGAAAACUUAUAAUUUAACAAAACAAAAAGAAAAUUUUAAUCUGCUGAAAAUAUUCAAAUCAACAGAGAAAUUUUGUUGCGAACAUGUAUGUUUGCCAAUUGAAUUUAGAAGAUACAUGUUAUGAUGCACUCAUUCUAUUAUAUUUAAAAGAGAAAGAAAACAAAAAUGAUGACAAAAAUUACAAAAAAAAAAAAAAUAUCGUUAAUUCAAAGCAUUCGUUGUUCGUGUUUAAUAUUAUCAUUUUUGCCCAUAUAACGUAACUGUUUUAAUUCGAAAACUAAAAUACAUACAUUCGGAAAGAAGGCAUCCAUUUUUAUUUUCAAAAAUCGUUUUAAUGGUAGAAAAUCGGAACAGAAAGUUCAUUUUUCAUUUGAAAACCAUUCAAUUAAUGAAAUUAAACUGUUCGAAUGGGAAGACGGAGCUCAAUGUUUGUUUUGUGCAUCAGUUGAAUUUUCCAUUGUUCUUCUUUUCAUCUCACCAAACUGCUUGAAUUUUGUCUUACCCAUACCAAAUAUUUUAUUUUGAAUGUUUAUUUUUAUUUAUCUUUUAAAUCAAUGUGUUCAUAAUGUUGAGAGAAAUAAAACAUACAAAAAAAAAAUGAUAAACAAGUUUUCGAUGUGUUUUUAAGAUUAAAUUCUUUAUGUCUGUGGCAUAUUUUACACACAAACAAUAUUUCGAAGAAAUAGCAAAUCAACUCCAAAGUAAAUGUUAUCCAGAAGAAAUAAUAAACAAAUCAAUGAUUUCAUCUUUCAAUUUGAUUAUUACUUACUUGAUAGAACAAGGCAUUUUAUGUCAUAAAAACUCAAAUGAGAUACUUUUUAAAAUCCGUUUAAUUGUGACACAAAGUGAACUAACCUUAAAAAACACACAGAGAAACGCAAAAAAAAAAACAACACACAAACUAUGUGGUCAA